GUCACAUAUUUAUUGAUAAAUUGAUAGAAAAUUUGGCUGUGAUUUGUAGCAUUCUUGAUUUUUGUCUUUAUUGAGUUAAUAUUACUAAAACAUAAGUUAAAUAUUUAAUAAAAAUGACACUUUAUCAUUUUGGAAACUGUCUUGCGUUAGUUUAUGCGCCAUAUCAUAUGGCCUACAAGUUUUCCGGGGUAUCUGAAUAUGCAACGUUUUCCAAAUGUGUAUACGCUGGAGGUCUGUACAUCUUUACUCAAUUGUGCAAGAUGCUACUGCUUGCUACAUUCUUCCCUGAUUACGAUUCUAACCAAGCAACUGGUGAAUAUGAUGUGUUCUUGGAAAUCCUGAAGGCGACUGUAGACCUGGCUGAUCUUCUUGGGCUCUAUUUUGCCAUUAACUCUGUGCCUGGAAAGGGCCAUGCGAAAAUCCUCACAGCUGCUAUAGGCUGGGCUAGUGCAGAGGUUGUCGUGACUCGUAGUGUGAUGCUGUGGGUGGGCGCGCGCGGCUCCGAGUUCGACUGGCGCUACGUGCGCGCCGCGGCCGAGUCCAACGUGGCGCUCCUGCAGCACGCAGCGUCCGCGGCGCUCGUGUGGCUGUGGACCCGCUCCGACCUGCCCCGCAAGCACGCGCCCGUCGUGGUGGCGCUGCUGGCCCUGUCUCCCUACAGAGCACUGCUUGAAGAUGCCGUAGGGUCCCUCCUGUCUUUGAGCGCGUGGUCUCUGCUAGCCUUUCGAGCACUCAACGCUUCAGUUAUUGGACUGACCGCUUUAGGCAUGUAUGCUGUAUUGGCCCAACAGAUUGGGAUGUGAUUACGUUUAGUAUUUAUUAAUGUAGUUUAAUUAUUUACUUCAUAAGUAUAUAUAUGGUGUAUCGAGAA